CCAACCGUUUCUUUUUUCAUACCCGUUUCCUUUAUCUACAUCCACUUUAUCGCUCCCUCUUCGUCAUCUCCUUCUGCUACAGCCAUGGCAAGACUGAACCCCCUCCUCCUCCCAGAGAUCCUCCGCCGCGUCGGGGACUUCAUCCCCGCCUGGAUACCCACCAGUACCACAACUUCUUACGAAUUCUACCCGCAAGGCCUCAUCGCCUGCGCCCUCACCUCCCGAAUCUGGUACCAAACCUUCUAUCCCCUCCUCUGGACCGUCUUUGACGGGCGUGCUUUCUCUUCCCUUUCUUCCUUCUCUUCCACACACUGUCGAUCGUCACCUCCAGACGAGUUCAUUCGCCUCCAAUCUCCCGGCUUCCGCAUCAUCACAAACUACGAUGGCCGCCUGGGUGGGAACCUCGAAUGCCGCCACCUCAUCGAACUCACACUUCUUCGGAUCUGUCCUCGCUCCGUACACCUUGUACGGAUGAACAAGGGAUUGAAACGCUUGUGUUGGAUAGGUGCUAUCCCCUAUGCGGGGAUGCUUUCAGAUCUCGAGACAGCGGCUAUGCAGGAUUUGGACGCGUUGGAGGAACUGACGUUGCAGCAGUGGGAUGUAUCUAAGGGUAGGCUGGUCCAGGUGUUGAAGAGGAAUCGAAGGAGCCUUGUUAGGUUGAAUCUCCGGGGUAUUCAGGGGUUCGAUUCUCUGUACGACGAGAACAAAGAUUCACAGUCGGAAUUGUCUUCACAAGAGGAGACACGGCUUUCAAAAGGAUAUCAAAAACAUGGCAACGAAAGGAACGAACAGGACAGAGAGGUCCUAGUGAUGGACCAUUUGAAGGAACUGACGGUCGACUGCGAAUGGGUAGAGAACCGGGCCCUCCUGGACUUUGUCACACAAUGCUGCCCCAACCUUGAGAGGCUGAGACUGAGUUACGACCUUGCCCAUGACACCUCCAUGAUGGACAAGCUGGACGCCAAGCUGGCAACGCAGCACCGAGUCUCAGUGAAGACUACACUUGGGGAUGUCCAGUACCAGUUUGUCGCAGAACGUUACUGA